UGCUGCAGGCACACACCCUAGGAGCAUCCCAGGGGCCCCAGAGUGGAGGUGGCCCUGCUGAGGGAGCUCUUGCAAGCCUGAGCAGAGGGCCUUUACCCCAGCAGAGGCAUGAGGCUCCUUCCGCUGUUCUGCUUGGCCAUGCUGGAAGUCACCCCUGAGACCUUCAUUACCUACAAAGUCCUGGAGGUUUUCCCCAGAGGCCGCAGGGUGGCCAUAACGUGCCACUCACCCCAGGCACGCCCGCCCAUCACCUACUCCCUCUGGGGGAGUCAGGGCACCGAGGUCGCCAAGAAGGUGGUGAAGACCGGAGACCCGGCCUCCUUCAGCAUCAACAUCACACUCAAGUCCAGGCCAGACCUGCUCACUUACUCCUGCAAGGCGGCCUCCCCCUGGGGCGAGCACUCAGCCAGCACCAAGCUGCAGAUGUACUGGGAGCUAUGGACCAAGCCCGUGUCCCAGUUGCAGGCUACCUUCACCUUGCUGGACAGAGGAUCCGGCCCCAGCGUAGAGAUUUCCUGCCGGGCGCCCUCGGGCAGCCCACCCAUCACCUACAGCCUGGUGGGGAAGGACGGGUCCGUCCACAUGCAGCAGAGACCAAGCUAUGGGCAGCCUGCCGACUUCUCCUUCGCCCUUCCCAACACGUCCACCUGGCUCCAGUGCCAGGCUGAAAAUGACCUCAGUGUCCAGUCCAGCCCCUUCAAGCUGGUGCCCCCCGCCGCCCCAGGGGGCCAUCGCGGCGCUGGCUGGCAGCCUCACCUCCAUUGCCGCUGUCACCUCUUGGUUGCUGGGCCGGGCCUUGUGGACCAGGCUGUGACCAGAAGAGGCAGGCUUGGCAGAGUCCUCUCAGGAGGGCCCUGGUCUUUGUCCACUACAGAAAGGACCCGCCAUUUGCAUGAAGAAAAACCUGCCAGCCCGGAUUCUUGGAGCCCGGUGCUCUUCCGUGAAGGCACAUGGUGUUAGGCUGAGGAUUUUAGGAUGGGGUGGGCUGUGAUGGAAGGGGAGGUCCAUAGGAAGGGGGGGCUCUGUGUGUCCCCUGUCCUCACCCCUCAGCUGCUUGUCACCAUCCAUGCAGGUCUGGGGAGAAAGUGGGGUACAUUGUGAAAAGGCCCAUCUGCACCAACCCACCGCCCCCACAGCUGUUCCCCUCUUCCCAGGAGUGGUACCCCCAUCUCCUGGUGGCCCAGUCCUCUGGCCCCACCUACUCACCUGUCACUGUCCAGCUCACCUGGGAGAACUCAGCCCUCCCCUGGCCAGCACCCCCUCAUUAAUCCUCACCUGCAACUAGCAAAAAGCGUCCGGAGUUUUUCCCUGCCUGUCCGCUGGUGGUCCCUAGAGAACGCACCCCCCACCUCACUCCCACUCAGCCUUCUCUGUUCAGAAGCUCUAAACCAUUUCGGGGUGUGUUGGGGGAGGAGAAUUGGAUUAAACCCUGUCCUCUGCCUGUCA